UUCCAGCCUGUGCAUUUACAUCAGAGCCGUCAAGUGAAAGCAAGUGAUUGUGGCUUGCAAGCUGAAUCGUAGCGUUAUUUUGUUUGGGAGGGGCUGGACGACUUGGGAACAUGUCACAAUUCAAGAGGACCACGUCCAGCCGGACGGCCAGGAUGAGCUCGGACGGCGGUGGCGGGCGGCCCCCCAAGGUGGGCUCCCUGGUGGAGGUAAUCGGCAAGGGUCAGCGCGGCACCGUGGCCUACAUGGGCGCUACCCUCUUUGCCUCGGGCAAGUGGGUGGGCGUCAUCCUGGACGAGGCCAAGGGCAAGAACGACGGCACCGUGCAGGGCAAGCGCUACUUCACCUGCCAGGACGGCCACGGCAUUUUUGUCAGACAGUCACAGAUCCAACUAGUUGACGACGGCGCCGACACCACGUCCCCGGAAACGCCCGAGCCCGGCGCCACCAAGGUGCCCAAACGAGACAUCCUGGACACGUCCAAGUCCACCAAACUGCGAGGAAUCAAGGCCAGAAAGACGGCGGCUCCUCGAAAGACCACAGCGAGACGGCCCAAGGCAAGCCGUCCCGCAGGCUCCGGCGGCAAGGCUCCGGCGUCGGGCUCGGCAUCGGGCUCGACCGGUGAGAUGAGCAGCAGUGAGGCCAGCACGCCGGCGCAGACGCCGCUGGCCGCCCCGGUCAUCCCCACGCUGCACUCGCCGGGGAAGCCGCUGCCGCCCGUACCCAGCAAGGAGGAAAUCGCCAUGGCAACGCAGGAGGAGGAGGCCUUGCACGCUCAAGUGAAGGACCUGGAGGAGAAGCUGGAGACCCUGAAACUGAAGCGCACCGAGGACAAGGCCAAGCUGAAGGAGCUGGAGAAGCACAAAAUCCAGCUGGAGCAGCUGCAGGAGUGGAGGAGCAAGAUGCAGGAGCAGCAGGCUGAGUUGCAGAAGCAACUCAAGGAGGCCAAGCGGGAGGCCAAGGAAGCCCUGGAGGCCAAGGAGCGCUACAUGGAGGAGAUGUCGGACACGGCCGACGCCAUCGAGAUGGCCACGCUGGACAAGGAGAUGGCCGAGGAGCGCGCCGAGUCCUUGCAGCUGGAGGUGGACUCCAUGAAGGAGAAGGUGGACGAGCUCACCAUGGACCUGGAGAUCCUCAAGCAUGAGAUCGAGGAGAAAGGUUCGGAUGGCGCUGCGUCCAGUUAUCACGUCAAACAGCUGGAGGAGCAAAACGGCAGAUUGAAGGAAGCUCUGGUCAGGAUGCGAGAUCUGUCAGCGUCGGAGAAGCAGGAGCACGUGAAACUGCAGAAGCAAAUGGAGAAGAAGAACGUGGAGCUGGACGCUUUGAGGGCCCACAAGGAGAAGCUGCAAGAAGAAAUGGCGGCGGCUGAGAAGACCGUUGACGAGCUCAAAGAGCAGGUGGAUGCAGCUUUGGGAGCGGAGGAGAUGGUGGAGACCCUGACGGAGAGGAACUUGGAUCUGGAGGAGAAAGUGCGGGAGCUGAGGGAGACCGUUAGCGACCUGGAGGCCAUCAACGAGAUGAACGACGAGCUGCAGGAGAACGCCCGCGAGACGGAGCUAGAGCUGCGGGAGAUGCUGGACCUGAGCGGGACCCGCGUGCGAGAGGCCGACAAGCGAGUGGAGGCGGCACAGGAGACGGUGGCCGACUACCAGCAGACCAUCAGCAAGUACCGCCAGCUCACUGCUCACCUGCAGGAAGUCAACCGAGAGCUGACCAGCCAGCAGGAAGCUUCGGCCGAGCUCCAGCAGCAGCCGCCCGCUGAGAUGUUUGACUUCAAGAUCAAGUUUGCCGAGACAAAGGCCCACGCCAAGGCCGUGGAGAUGGAGCUGAGGAAGAUGGAGGUGGCGCAGGCCAACAGGCAUGUUGCCCUGCUCACUGCGUUCAUGCCAGAGUCCUUCCUGCGCCACGGAGGCGACCAUGACUGCAUCCUAGUGCUGCUGCUCAUCCCCAGACUCGUCUGCAAGGCAGAGCUGAUCAGCAAACAAGCACAAGAGAAGUUCGACCUGAAGGAGAACAGCGCCGAGCGAACGGGACUGCGCGGCUCAGCUGGCGAGCGGCUGAGCUUCGCCGGCGGUCUGGUCUACUCGCUGAGCCUCCUGCAGGCCACUCUCCACAAAUACGAGCAAGCACUGUGCGAGUGCAGCGUGGAGGUGUACAAGAAGAUCGGCUCGCUCUACUCGGAAAUGAGCGUCCACGAGCGCUCGCUGGACUUCCUCAUCGGGCUGCUUAGCAAGGACCAGCUGGACGAGACCGUCAACGUGGAGGCGCUCACCAAGGCCAUCAAGUACUACCAGCAACUGUACAGCAUCCACCUGGCGGAGCAGGAUGAGGAUUGCACCAUGCAGCUGGCCGACCACAUCAGAUUCACGCAGAGCGCGCUGGACUGCAUGUGGGUGGAGGCGGGCCGCCUGCGGGCCUUCCUGCACGCCGGCCAGGAGAAGGCCCAGCUGGCCGCACUGCUCAAGGACCUGGAGACGUCCUGUGGCGACGUGCAGCAGUUCUGCAAAAAGAUCCGACGACGCAUGCCUGGCACCGACGCGCCCGGCAUCCCGUCGGCGCUCGCCUUCGGUCAGCAGGUGUCAGAGACGCUGCGCGAAUGCCGCAAGCAGCUGACAUGGGCGGUGGCGCUGCUGCAGGAGGUGGCGGCGGCCGGCGCUCAGAUGAUGUCGCCACUGGGCGAGCAGGAGGGGCUGGCGGCCGUCAAGCUGGAGGACGUGGCUUUCAAGGCCGCCGAGCAGAUUUACGGCCGUCCGGGCGCCAACCCCUACGAGUGUCUGCGUCAGUCAUGCUGCGUCGUCAUAGCGACCAUGAACAAGAUGGCCACUGCCAUGCAGGAGGGAGAGUACGACGCCGAGCGGCCUCACCCCAAGGCUCCGCCCCCUGUCGAGCUGCGGGCGGCGGCUCUCCGUGCGGAAAUGACGGACGCGGAAGGUUUGGGGAUGAAGCUGGAGGACAGAGAGACGGUCAUCAAGGAGCUCAAGAAGUCACUCAAGAUUAAGGGCGAAGAACUGAGCGAGGCCAACGUGCGGCUGAGCCUGCUGGAGAAGAAGCUGGACAGCUCGUCCAAAGAUGCAGACGAGCGCGUGGAGAAAAUCCAAACCCGACUGGAUGAAGCUCACAACCUCCUCAAGAAGAAAGAGAAGGACUUUGAGGAGACGAUGGACGCCCUGCAGGCCGACAUUGACCAGCUUGAGGCAGAGAAGGCCGAGCUCAAGCAACGUGUCGGCGGACAGGCCAAGACAGCCGGUGACGGGCCAAGGGCCAGCGGCCCGCCUGGACUUGAAGAGGAGCAAAAAGCAAACCUGUCGGGCGCGGGCAUCCAGGUGGUGGACUCACCGCUGUUGACGCAUCAGCUGGAAGCUCAGAGGCUCUGCAUCAAGCAGUUGAAGAACCAAAACAACUGGUUGAAGGCGGAGAAAAUGCGCAGCCAGCUGGCGGCGCUGCCACCAUUGCGGGUCACCAAGCUGCCAUCCAGGGACGGGCCCGCGCCUUUCUCCGGCGCCCUCUACAGGAAGACGGACCAGCUGCUGGAGACCCUGCUGCAGAUGAGCGCUAACGUCAAAGUGGUCGACAUUACUGGGAAAUGUCCCGUGACGCCGAGCGCUCAGCUUCUGGAGCAGACGGCUCGCUUGCAGUCGCUGCGAGACACACUCGACAGGCUCAAGGGCGAGGUGGCCGAACACGUGGUCAAGCAGCAGCCCGGCGCCAGGGUGUCUUCCGACUUUGCCACCUUUCCCUCCGCCUCCUUCGUUAAGGCCAAGGAAGAGAAUGCAGGCUCAUGCGUGGUGGGCCGGGUGAUGGUUCCAUGUCCUAGAGGUCAGGAGCAGGUCCACCGUGUACUCCUGACACAACGUCAGCUCCACCAUGUCCACAGCCUCCUCUUGCGCAAUUGAGCCUCCUCUUCAUCUUUCUCAUCCUUAUGCUCGCCUGGAACUGGCCAGCAGCUUUUGCGCCUCUUGGCUUAUUGUGUGAGCUUGUUAGACCAGAGUACAAAUGUGGAUUUUUUUUUUUUUUCAAGCUAAGUUUGCACAUUAGCGCAUCAAAACAAAGUUAGUUAGCUGACAGCGUUUCUGUGACACCUCCAGUCUUUUUGUUGCAACAACCAGAAAGGUCCAAGUGGACGUCCUCAUGCAGUUUGCACUUUGUCCAUAAAAUACUUAAAAUGAUUUCAUUGGAAGGUAGCACAGUCUGCCCCAAGAAUUUCUGGCCUUACUAUGUUCUGGCCUUCCUAUGUGGCAACUCCAAAACGACAUUUUUAUUGUUUUUAGCUGUAACAAAAAAAAAAUAUUUGGAGCUGUUGGCGUGUGUGCGUGUGUGUGUGUACUGUAGCAUACUUACGCAAGCCGCUGAUCAAUAAAGUGUGGCUUGCCAACCCUA